AUGUUCAAGUUGCUCGGAGGCCUGAGCGUUUACUUCAAGUACCAGCCUAUCAAGACUGACAACGCUGUGUUCAGACUGCACAAUGUGUUCACUACGGUGUUAUUGCUGACGUGUUCCUUGAUCAUCACAGCUACCCAGUAUGUGGGGCAGCCUAUACAGUGUAUUGUGGGCGGAGGGCUGCCGGCUCAUGUCGUCAAUACAUUCUGCUGGAUCACUUCAACCUUCACGAUGCCUGACGCCUUCGCGAGGGAGGUGGGUAAAGAGGUGGCUCAUCCAGGUGUAAUGAACGAAUGGGACAGCACGCAGGAGAAGAAAUACUACACCUACUACCAGUGGGUCUGCUUUGUACUGUUCUUCCAGGCGAUAAUGUGUUACACGCCUAAGUAUCUAUGGGAUGCGUUCGAGGGGGGGCUCUUACGGACUAUAGUGAUGGGACUCAACAUAGGGGUCUGUCACGCCGAGGAGAAGGAGAAGAAGAAAGACAUGAUCAUCAGCUACCUCAUCAGACACGAGAGGGUGAGUGAUAGAUUGCACUUAGACUUGUGUGAUAGUGAGUCUGUAAAAAUGAUUCUUAUUGAUACAAUUACCUCGAACGAAAUAAUCUUAGAUUAUCCUUGUCUUUGUAGUACUCACAAGUUGUAUGCUCUUCGAUACUGGGGCUGCGAGUUACUAUGUCUCGUGAAUAUAGUGAUGCAACUCUGGAUGAUGGAUUCCUUCUUCAAUGGAGAGUUCUUCUCUUACGGCACCAGGGUAUUGGGAUACAGCGAGGUGCCGCAAGAAGAGAGAUACGAUCCAAUGAUCUACGUGUUCCCUCGCGUCACCAAGUGCACGUUCCACAAGUUCGGUGCUUCAGGCAGCCUGCAGACUCACGACUCGCUCUGCAUCCUGCCGCUGAACAUCGUCAACGAGAAGACUUAUAUAUUCCUUUGGUUCUGGUACAUCAUACUGGCCGUCAUACUCGUGCUGCUGGUUAUAUACAGGUUAAUAAUAAUCUUCGUGCCGUCCGUACGUCCCCGCCUGCUUCACGCCCGGUCCCGCACCAUAGCGAUGGAGUCGGCUCUCAUCAUCUCCCAGAGGACCGACGUCGGUGACUGGUGGCUCCUGUACAUGCUGGCUAGGAAUAUGGACCCUCUUAUAUACAGGGAAUUAAUCUCCGAACUAAUAAAACGUAUGGGUGAGAAGACUGGUCCACGCGCGUGA